AUGGAGCCUAUGGAUGUCGACGACGACAGGCGGGGUAGAUCUGAGACUCGCGAUGGUGCCGAGGAGAAGGGCAAGGAGAAUGAGGAUGACCUGGGCAAGACGCAGCGGUCGAGAUUCAGAUUCAAGUCCGCGAAGAGGAAACCGGAUCAUCGCGGACAUGAUAGAGAUAGACACAGACAUCUCCAAAGUACCCAUCGCUCGAAGCGUCAGCGAUCCGAGCCUCCGGACGAGCCGAGCCUGCGCGAUGAGUCGCAGCUCCCCAAUACCUCAUCUGGGGAAUACCUUGACUCCGAUGCGCUGUUCCGCGAAAGCCUUUUCGAUGCCAUGGCGGACGAUGAGGGGGCGCAGUUCUGGGAAGGGGUGUAUGGACAGCCGAUUCCGAAGAUCGAUCCGGUGAAGAUGGAUGUUGAGACGGGGAAGCUGGAGGCGAUGACGGAUGAUGAGUAUGCGGCUCAUAUACGCGCGGAGAUGUACAAGAAGACGCAUCAGCAUUUGAUUGAGGAGAAGGAGAGGAGGGAUAAGGCGAAGAAGGAACAGGCGAAGAGGGAGCAGGCAAGGGCGGCGGAGGAGACGUUCCAGAGGCAGGUCGAGGAGAGUUUGGCGAGGGGGAAGGAGAGGAAAGAUAAGGCUGGGUGGACGCAGAAGUGGGGUCAGAAGUGGGCUGCGUAUCUGGAGUUAUGGGAGGCAUUUCGGAGUAGUACCGAUGGUGCUUCGACUAUCCCGUGGCCGGUUUGGAGUGGGAAGAUGGAGGAUUUGGGGAAGGAUGAGGUUGAAGCGUUUUUCUUGAAUGGGCCCACGGCGGGGAAACCGGACCAGGCGGAUUUGGUGAAGACGCUCAAGUUGGAGAGGGUGCGAUGGCAUCCGGAUAAGAUUCAGCAAAAGCUGGGUGGCCAUGGCGUCGAUGAGGCAAAGAUGCAGGGAGUCACGCAGGUAUUUCAGAUCGUGGAUAGGAUGUGGAAUGAAAUGAAAAGCAGCGGUGAUAGAUAG